AUGAAGUUUUCCGAGCCCCCUAGCUUUAAACCUGCCUAUACUGCGAUAUGCACCUGGUUGAAAAACCUCAAGAACCUUGGCUUUCAGAAAGAAGUCGUCAGAAAGUCGGUUAAGGGGCCAGGAGAAGUUCGACCAGAUGCUGAGGCAAGAAUUUGGCCAUCACGCCAGUGCAUGUAGCAAAAAAUCCAGUCUUAAGUAGGGUACUUGCCUUCAAAUAUCCUUGGGGUAGGAAAAGGGGAAAAAAAUAAGGAAAAAGGAAAUAAAAUUUGUGUCCUGCAUAGAAUUUCAUACUUUCGGUUUUCGAGAUGAAAUUGGUGAGCUGUGUCGUUGUUUUCUUAAUUCAGUUAUUAGAAAUAAAAAAAAGGAAAAAAAAAAAAAAAAAAGGGGAAAGAAGCCAGCGUAGCCGAUUUUGUGAUGAAGAAAUGUAGAAUGGUUUCUGUGUUUACAUAGCCUGAUGUAAACACGCGGGAAGUUGGGAGAACACGAGAUAAGCGUAGGAAACCACGACGCGAAGCGGAGUGGUUUCCAGCUUAUCGAGUGUUCUCUCAACCUCCCAAGUGUUUACAUCAGGCUAUGUAAACACGGAAACCAUUUUACAUUUCUUAUAUAAAAUAAAUAAUGAAAGAGGAACGAAAACCUUGUUUACAUACGCUCAUGUAAAAUGGUUUUAUGGCCAAUCAGAGCGCGCGUACUAUUUGAAUUAUUUUAUAAAAUGUCUUCUCGCAUACGAAUCUCGGCAUUUUCAAUUUCUGCCUUCUUGAUCAUCUCUUAGACAUUAGAAGGAAGGAAGGAGAACUGAAGCAUUUUGGUAGCUACCACGUGAAACCCAGAUAUGUUUCUGAGCAAAAAUUAACAAAUCAAUAGAAACAAUACGCUCACAGAACAGGAAAAUCAUGCACCUUCAGGAUCCUUUGCGAAAAUCAAAAAAGGAGGCAGUAAUUACUCGAGAAGCUAUGCGUUAAACAAAUUAUUCAUAACAUCAAACAUGUCUAUGUUUCUCUUCCAAGGUUCUUUUGGAAAGGAAAUGUUUCGCAAGGUGGCUGGAGAAGUAUCAUUCAGGCGUAUAAAUGCUGGUAAUGGAAUGUGUAAAGUAGGAUUAGAGGUUGAGUUUAAGGGAGGCCAGGACUGCCGCGAUAAUACAGGACGCAAGAAGAUGGAUCUUUCCGACCCAAGGAUGAAGAAAAGGAUCCGUGUUCGCCGAAAGGAGAAAGUUGUGAUUAAAAAAAUCCGUACUCGUCGAAAGAUUAAAAUCGUCAUUAAAGUCUCUACUAAAACAGCGUAG